AUGGCUUCGGUUUGCAUAUCGAGCUGCGUGGACGACGCCCGGGCCCCGGUCCGAGCGACCUACACGAACCUCUACAAGUGGCCCGAGUCGGACUUCGAGUUCAUCCGGUCAAUGAGCUCCCGAGCCCGCGAGCCCGCCAGGUCCGAGCCCCACGCGCCACGUGUUUACGGGCAUCCAAGGGUUGUCGACAGCAUCUCGUGCCGCCAGCUAGACGACUUUACGUUCAUUACACGUGUCGAUGGUCGUGCCAUCAGCCUUCCCCCCUUGUUCGGAGGGGGGGGGAGGGGUGUAGGCCUCCCGGUACACCGGUGGGUGAAGACCCUGUACCGAGGACUCAUGGACUUACACAGUGCUCCAGUCCUACAGUGA